ACCACAGAGGAAGGACGUUGAUGUUUAGUUUCAAAGGACUUCAACCAACAUGUUGCUGACAGAUUUUCAACAUCUGUUCGUCUGUUUCAUCGUCUACAUUUCAGGUGUUAAUGGAGGAGAAACCAGGAUCUGUGCUUUCAAAGGUUCAUCAGUGGAUCUGCACUGCUCACAUCAACAUCUGACUCCAAGCAGAAAAUGGUUCACUAUAGACUGGGAUGGUUACAAGUAUGUUCAGAAUGAGCUCUCUGUGGAUGGACAACGUGUAACGUACAACAUGUCUGAAGAGAAAAACCAAACUUUAACCAUCAAUGAUCUAAGAGAGAGUGAUGCAAACACUUACUGCUGUAUGAAGACUACAGACAGUCCAGGACACUGCUGGCUCAACAGAAUUAGUCUUCAAGUUGUUGCAGAGCUGCAGGUAAAGGUGAUUCCUGCCACAGAGGGACAGACAGUAACACUGAUGUGCAGCAGCAGCUGUCCUCUGACUGAAAAGCCUGCAGCCUACAUCUGGUACAAGAACAGAGAGUUUCUCUAUGAGGACUGGUCUCCCUGGUACCAAGAGCUGCUCAGCAGUGAGGAAGCAGUCACAUACUCCUGUGCUGUCAAAGGCUACGAGCAUCUCAGAGCCCCUGAAGUCUCUGUGGAUUCUAUCACACAGACAUGCUUCAGUGUGACUUAUGGAAACAUGUCUUUCCACAAUGGGACAUCAGUGGAUGAGCGGUGCUUCAUCACAUAUCCCAGAGAGGUUCGUGUUCAAAGAACUUCUUCCAUCUCAGAGUUUGUCACACUGACCUGUAACACCAGCUGUAACCUGACUGGUGAUCAAACUGUCUACAUGUGGUAUCACAACAAAAGAAACUAUGUUGAGAAUCAACAUUAUUCAGUUCAUAACUCUUCAACAGGCACAUUCUCUUGUGCAGUGAAAGACCACAAAAGUCUUCAAUCCAAGGAAGUUUGUGUUCAGGAUAAAAACUGCUGGAGAGUGAAUUAUGUCAGCAGGAGAAUCUGUGCUCUGGAAGGAUCUUCAGUGAACAUCACAAGUGAAUACUCACAUCCUGAUUACAUGAAGCCAGAGUUUAAAUGUUGGAGUAAAAAAUGGAGAAAAGAUGAAGUGGAAGUUGAAGAGCUGAUUGAGGCUGCAGGUCGUGUGGAGUAUCAGGACAACAUGAAGAACCAACACAUCCUGACCAUCAACAACCUGAAGAAGAAUGACUCAGGAGGAUACACAUUCAGAUUCCAGAAAGAUCAUGAAGGAUGGACACAGUCUGAUCUGCCUGGAGUCUUUUUGAUUGUCACAGAGCUGAGAGUGAAGAUGAGUCCUUCUGCAGUGGUGACAGAGGGUCAGAGAGUCACACUGACCUGCAGUACCAGCUGUCCUCUGACUGACAACACAAACUACAUUUGGUACUUGAACAGUCGACCUCUGACCCCGAGAGAGAACCAGAACAAACAUCUGAUCCUAGACCCAGUCAGCAGGGAGAAUGCAGGAAGCUACUCCUGUGCUGUGAAAACCAACAAAGAUAUCAGCUCUGCUCCAAAGACUCUCACUGUCCAAAGUAUCACAGGAACAUGGACACCAGCAGCUGCAGGAGUUUCUGCUGCUCUGCUCCUUUUAAUACCUCUCUCUGUCUUCUGGUGUGUUAGAAAAAAGAGGAUUUCUAACCAGCCUUCAAGAACUGAAACAUUCGGCAACAAACAGCAGAUUUUUCCUAAUUUCAUACAUGAAAACGUUCCAGCUGAAUCGGAGGAGCAGGAUGGUCAUCACUAUGUCAGGCUGCAUUUCAGUUUGAAAAACAACACUGACCUCUACUCAACCAUCGAGUUAUCGCCUGCUAAAAUGACAACAACUUCCAGUCACUUUCCAAGAAGUGAAACAUCAGACAAUGAAGAGCAGGUAACGCCUGAUUCCAUAUAUGAAAACCUCCCAGCUCAUUAUAGCGGACUGCAACUACCUAUGACCCACACAAGUGCUUUCUACUCCAGUAUGGACCCACUACCUGCUCACUAAAGUAACUUUGUUACCAUAGUGAUUUAAAGGGCCUUUUUCUCUGAUAGGUUUAGCAACUGAACUAAUUUCAGUAUCACAGCAGGGACACCACAUCUGGUGGAUCUGCCAGUGGUUUUCAUACAUAAAUUACAGAAGAAAUAAAUCUUGAACUUUUCAGUUAUAAAAUGUAUGUUAUUAAAACAUAUGUCACAACUGAAAGAUGACAAAAAACAGCAACUUGUGUUUGAGUGCAGCUGAGUGACUUUUUUAAUGCACCAUGAAAUGUCCAAAAACCACUUGAUGUCUCUAUAUUAACUUUUG